CUGGCUUCUACAUAUGAUGAGCAACGUCACCAACGAGACUGUACGAAGCUUUUGUGUUACAUAUUUUUCCAUUACAAUUCUUAAUUCCUAAACAACAGUUGCUUUAAUGGUCUUUAUUUCUAUAGACCAAAUAACUUAAGAGACUUACUGAUCAAACAUGGGAUCUUCCCACAGUAUUGAAAUACCAGGAGGUGGAACAGAAGGUUAUCACGUCUUGAAGGUACAAGAUGGUUCUCCUGGACAAAAGGCCGGCCUUGAAGCAUUCUUUGACUUCAUUGUAGCCAUUGGAAAUACUCGUUUGAAUCAAGAUAAUGAUAUGUUAAAGGAAUUUCUUAAAAAUGGCGUGGACAAAAAAUUAUCGCUUACGGUAUAUAGUAGUAAGACGCAAUCUGUCAGACAAACUGUCGUAGUACCUAGUCUCACAUGGGGUGGACAGGGUCUUCUCGGAGUUAGCAUAAGGUUUUGUUCUUUCGAAGGUUCAAACGAAAAUGUUUGGCAUGUUCUCGAAGUUCAUCCAUCUUCUCCCGCCGAAGUAGCAGGAUUACGACCGUUUACAGAUUACAUUAUCGGUGCUAAUUCAGUUUUACACGAAUCCGAGGAUUUAUUUAACUUAAUAGAAACACACGAGGCCCGAAAUCUAAAUUUAUAUGUAUAUAACACUGAAGAUGAUUCUUGUAGAGAAGUUACGAUCGUACCCAAUCAGAGCUGGGGUGGUGAAGGAAGCUUAGGUUGUGGGAUUGGAUAUGGAUACCUUCAUAGAAUACCGAUUAGAAAUGUGCAAGAACAUAAACCCAGUAAUCCAUACAUGAGUAACGUUAAACCUACUGUUUCAACUAAGGCAACAGCAACAAAUACUACUCACAAAACAGGAAGCAAUGCAGUUAUAAGUGUACCCCCGGGUUUCUCUAUUCCACCUAAUUACAUUUCACCGCAAGAGAGUACUACAAAAUCUGGUCUCGAAACAACUACAAUGCAGAAUAUGUAUACACCAAGCGUACAAACAUAUUCUGCUCCGCAAUUAAAUCCUGCCCUCGUCGGAGGAUCUACUACCACAAAUUCUGUGCCUCAUGUUGUACCUAGUCUAGGUACUACGAAUGCUAUGCGCGGUAAUAAUUCUUCGUCUCAUCAAAACACAAUGCCAGAUAUACCUGGUAUGCCGACUACUCCACCUUUACCAACAUUCUCGUCUAAUACAACGCUCUUAAAUGAAAUGGCUGGUAAUGUCGAAUCGCAGAAAGAUUUUACGACAGCACAGGAGACAAUAUCGCCCGGAGUGCAAUUGAAUGUGCCUCAGUCUCGCGUAGUAACAAUACCGAUUUCAUUGCCCGGUAUGCCACCAAUAACCGUUAGUGCAAGUUUACCGCAGAAUACGUCUUUCUCUACAACGUCUAUUCUACAACAAAGCCAGAUAACUGGCAUCGAUACUGUCCCUACGUCCACAGUAACGUCAACACAGUAACGACCAUUGUAUUUCUAACAAAGACGUCCUUUUGUUUCAUAACGAAAAUUACAUAUUAAAGAACGAAGAUAAAAUAAAGACGUGAUGCAUAUAUUACACCUAUAUAGCGUGUCAUUCUACUUUGUGCAUUUGUAUUUUAUUACUUAUCUAAUCGCGAUGUACACGAAUCCUUGAAUAUGCGAAAACAUAAGUUAUGUAAUUCUGUAUAUAGGUAAACUAAUUUCUUACACUAAGAUCAAAUUAAAGCAUUUAAGAGGAAAAAUAAGUAUUAAAUCUUUACGCAUAAACUACUCCGCUUCUUACACAUUUUGUUGU